GCAUAAAGUCGAACACCUCUUAUAGCUGCAGCCUCUGGUUGUAGUAACCCAUAAUUCUGUGCGGCAGACAAAAACAUGGCUGACCCCUCAGUUGAUGUCGUUGAAGGCUGUCGUCUUCCUGUGCUGCGAAAAAAUCAAGACAAUGAAGACGAAUGGCCUUUGGCUGAAAUUCUCAGUGUGAAAGACAAUCCUGGAAGAAAGCUCUACUAUGUCCACUAUAUUGACUUCAAUAAGCGACUGGACGAAUGGGUUACUCCAGAUCGGCUGGACUUAAAGAAGCUCCAGUUUCCCAAAAAAGAGGCAAAGACUCCCACAAAGAACGGCUUGUCUGGGUCUCGCCCCAGCUCCCCAGAGAGAGAUGUGAGGAAGAGUCUAGAUCUCAACAACGUUCAGUGUGCUUCAGCUCCAUCAAGAGGCAAAACCCUCCCCACACCGAAAAGGAAAGCAGAAUCGGUCUCUUUGGCAACACAAGUUACUGCAGCGACUCCGGUGCCCUCGCUUCCUAGUUCUGCAGAGGCAAGUCAGGCCUCUGUCUUUCCAGCAAUAAGAGAUACGCCAUUCAUUAAAUCCAGAGAUGAGCAUGAACAACUCACCACAAAUGGCACACCACGACGUCUUAUUCCUUCUCAACCGGGGAGAAAAAGAAAAAAUUGCGGGACCGAUGAGAUGGUAAAGGUGUUCCAGAAUAACAACUCCCGCUGCUCCACCAUCUAUUUGCUGCCAGGAGAGGAUUCACAGGACAGUUCUGAUGGCAUCCCCACUGCUCCACGCAUGACUGGUAGCUUGGUGUCAGACCGCAGUCAUGAUGACAUCGUCACACGAAUGAAGAACAUAGACUGUAUUGAGCUGGGCCGACACCGGCUGAAGCCUUGGUACUUUUCACCGUACCCACAGGAGCUCACCACCCUGCCUAUUCUCUACCUCUGUGAAUUUUGUCUCAAAUACGUCAAGAGCCUAAAGUGUCUCCAAAGGCAUCUGACUAAAUGCAACCUUAGGCAUCCCCCAGGAAAUGAGAUCUACCGCAAAGGAACCAUCUCAUUUUUUGAGAUAGAUGGCAGAAAAAACAAGGCAUAUUCCCAAAAUUUGUGUUUACUGGCCAAAUGCUUCCUGGACCAUAAGACUUUGUACUACGACACAGAUCCUUUUCUCUUCUAUGUUAUGACAGAGUAUGACCCAAAAGGUUUCCACAUAGUUGGCUACUUCUCAAAGGAAAAGGAAUCUACAGAAGACUACAAUGUGGCCUGUAUUUUGACGUUACCACCUUACCAAAGAAGAGGCUACGGCAAGCUGCUAAUUGAAUUUAGUUACGAGCUCUCAAAGGUGGAAGGUAGGACAGGUACUCCAGAAAAACCGCUGUCUGAUCUGGGUUUGCUCUCCUACCGCUCAUACUGGUCCCAGACCAUUCUAGAGAUCUUGAUGGACCUCAAAUCAGAGAAUGGAGAACGACCACAGAUUACCAUCAAUGAAAUUAGUGAAAUCACAAGCGUCAAGAAAGAGGAUGUGAUAUCAACUCUUCAAUACCUCAACCUCAUCAAUUAUUACAAGGGUCAGUAUAUCCUUACCCUAUCCGAGGAAAUAGUGGAUGGCCACGAGCGGGCCAUGCAGAAACGCCACCUCCGCAUUGACCCCAAAUGUUUGCAUUUCACACCUAAAGACUGGAGCAAGAGGGGCAAGUGGUAAAAGACUGAUUUUAAGGACAGCCCAUCUCCCACAUCAAGUCCUGUGACCGAAACAAUUCCAUUCAAAACUGUACAUAAUCUUCUGUAUUUAUGUACUUGUUUGUUUUUAUAUAUAGCAUACUUGUUUUAAAUGUAACAAUGUAUCUGUGGCGUGUAAAUAAACAGUUUACACUGUUUGUGAAACC